AUGGAUGACCUCAUCUGGCUGACCCAGUCUCGUUUCGGGUUGGUUCGGAUACUGGCCUCAAUCUUCCUGCUGGAAAAUCUGGGUGUGCCUUUCGCCUGGAAGAAGUUCAGCGGCGGGACAGAACAUUCAUGGAUUGGAUUCUCUGGCUUUGUAUUCGAAAGGCGCCUGGGCAUAUCGCAAUCUCGCGCAGACUGGUUGGUGGCGUGGAUCAGGCGCACGAAGGCGGAGGGCGUCCAUAAAGGUUGGGCUUGUGUUGAUUCGGAUGAUGUCAAGAAAUGCAGAUGGUUCUCUGAGGAGCUGUCGCGCUUGGAGGCACCAUAUUUCUGCAUGGCUGGGGAACCUUAUCGGGCUAUAUCUUCGCUUGAGCUUCUGGCUACGCUGAUUGCCAUCCUCCUCUUUAAGCCAGGAGAGGGAGCCACUGGCAGCGUUUCUUGCUCGGCGGGGACCGAUAACAUGGGCAAUUCACACCUUACGUCACGGUGGCUCACAACAUCCUUCCCUUUGGUUGCCGUGUUGAUGGAGCUGGCCUGUCUGCUCCAUGCACAUUCCGUUGACUUUUGUCUGCAUUGGCUGCCGAGAUUCCAGAAUACAUUGGCAGGCAGUUUGACAAAUGGCGACUUCAAGGAUUUCGAUCCUUCCUUUCGAUUGAGGUUUUCCUCCGCUAACUACCACGGCAUGAUUUUGAAGGAGAUGUUGGACGCGGGUUCGGGCCUGUACUCCGAGCUGGCGAGCUUGAUCUUGAAGAAGAGAGUUGGGCUGAGCAGGGUCCCGAAGUCUGAGAAGCUCAGGAAAGUGGAUCCUUGGAAAUAG